UUUGUCAUCCAAAUUCAAAACUUCACAUCACACGUUCUUUUCGUGGUCUGUCGACGUUUUUGGUUCAGAUAAUCCACCAGUAUGCCUGAAGUAUCGAACGAGUUCAAAUUGAACCAAUGUGCCAAUGAUGGCAUAUCAUCAGUCAAGUUUGGUCCGAACACAUCUCAGUUUCUUCUGGUAUCGUCCUGGGAUGAGAGCGUUAGAUUGUACGACAUUGAGGCCAAUGUGAUGAGAACUAAAUACAAUCAUACCCACGCUGUUCUGGACUGCUGCUUUUAUGAUCAAACCCAUACCUACAGUGCAGGAUUAGAUCAUACGUUAAAAACAUUUGACAUCAACACAAGUACUGAGAGUGUAGUUGGUACACAUGAGUUACCAGUAAAGUGUGUAGAAUACUGCCCUGAGGUGAAUGUUAUUGUAACAGGUAGUUGGGACCAGACAGUAAAGCUAUGGGACCCAAGAACACCAUGUAAUGCAGGAUCCUUCUCACAACCAGAUAAGGUCUACACAAUGGCAGUUUGUGGGGACAGACUAAUUGUCGGCACAGCAGGACGCAAAGUUUUGGUCUGGGACCUGCGCAACAUGGGGUACGUCCAGCAGCGUCGAGAUUCCAGCCUGAAGUACCAGACUCGUUGUAUCCGUACAUUCCCUAACAAGCAGGGGUACGUCCUGAGUAGCAUCGAGGGGAGAGUAGCAGUGGAGUACCUUGAUCCCAGCCCAGAGAUUCAGAAGAAAAAAUAUGCCUUCAAAUGUCACCGCCUUAAGGUAGAGGGUGUAGAACAGAUCUACCCUGUUAAUGCUAUAGCGUUCCACAAUCGUCAUAACACCUUCGCUACUGGAGGAUCUGAUGGAUUCGUCAACAUCUGGGAUGGAUUCAAUAAGAAACGUUUGUGUCAAUUUCACCGUUAUCCGACAAGUAUAUCCUCGCUGGCAUUCAGUAAGGAUGGAUCCGUCUUGGCUAUUGCUUCAUCCUUCAUGUUUGAAGAAGGAGAACAAGAUCAUCCUGAAGACGCUAUCUACAUCCGAAGAGUUACAGACCAAGAAACAAAACCAAAAUAGACAUCAUCUCAUCAGGGGUGUAGGUGUGGGGGGGGGGGGGGGGGUGUAAUAUUCCUAGGUUCAGACACAUUCCUACAGUGUAGAGUAACUCUACCAUCAGGGCCCAAUUUCAUGCCUCUGCUUGUCAUCAGGGCUUGAAUUUGGAGGGAAAAUUCACAAGACUGCAGAGCUUUUGGCCCAGAAUUUUUACUGGACUGUAAUUUGUUUCACAAGACCAUAUUCAAAAUGACAAGACAGUUUUAACAUAAACUGUUUGUUUUUGUUUUGAGCAAAAUAGAUUGAUUGCAUUCGUCCGAUGGGUUUCAAGUAGACUUUGGUACUCUACAUAACUGAAGAUAUUCAUCAGCCUCAAAAUCUUGUUAUUUAUUUGUCCAGUUGUGAGUUUCUAGCCCGACACUAAAAUCACUGGUGGCCUCGGGCCUGUGGUGUUAAAUUCAAGCCCUGACCGCGUCCCAAAUUUAUGCGCUAGGUGUAAGCUAAGAAUGGCUAGUAAGGUGGAGUACGCAUGGGGAUAUGUGCACAAGCAAAAAACUUCCCUUCUUACCUGUGAAAUACGCUUGACAUAAGCACAAAAAUCCCUGCUUCUGUAAGCUUUGAUUCUUUGCUUACGGUUGGCAGAGCCGUGAAAUUGGGCUCAGAUCUGACAGUGCUGUUUUGCACGUUUGUAACGCCUUUUAUUUAGUUCAUAUGAUUGGCUUUGCAGUCCAAAGGAAACCAGUAUUUGCAUUUUGAAACAUGCAGCAGAACUAAUUAUCUCAAGUCAUUGUUAUUUUGUGAAUAGAUUUAAAUGUCUCAAAUGAAAAAUGUGGCAGUUUGUAAAUUCCCCCAUUUUGAGGGUUUUCUGAGGUCUAAAUGAUGCGAUUUAUCCUGGCUUGAGUAAUUGUUGCAAUGGGGAAUUAGUUUUAACUCUGAUAUUACUACAUCCUGUACAGUUUAACAUUUUGGCCUUGGUUUGUAUUAUGUAAAUAGUAAAGUUCCUUACAAUUCUUUCUAAGCAAAGAUGGUUUUUGUAUUGGAAUAAAAUCAAACCUCCAAAUGUUUGUGGUUUACAUAAGUUUUUUAAGUCUGCUAAUUAAUAAUACUAACAAUUGAUAAUAAAGUUUUGUACAGAACUUCUAACUGUGGGCCAGUGUGGACAAUCAUUCUUUGAAACAGAAGUCUUCAUUAGCUUUAAACCUUCCUCCAAAUAACCACAUUUAUUUGUCAACUUUAUUUACAACAUAAUACACUGAAAGCAUAGAGAGCAAAGAGAUGUUUCGGACAGGCACUUUCAGACGGGCGCUCCAGAGUCGUGCCAAACCAAACUCUGAAUAAGUACAUGAAAAGCUCGACCUCUGAAACAGUCGACCUCUGAAACAGUAAGGAGCGACUGGAAGCACUAGAAACCGAAAGAUCGAUGUACUUGUGAAUUAAGGGCUUUGGUUUCAGACAUCGAUCUUGUCACGAGCCGAGCCAAUAUAAAUGUUAUGUUAUGUUCAGAAACCAAAAUUUAUUUGGGUCAACUUAAGAGUUUCUAAUCUAUUUAGUUUGGCGUGUCUCUGCUGCGCCUGUCUGUAGGUGUUAGGCUGCCAUAAUGUCAGGCUCCCUGUGUGAGUCAACAUAUAUAACAAUCACCGAUUGUCAUUCAACCAAAUGGGACCAGACUUACCAUCCAGCUUCGGUUUCGUCUUAGCGAUUCAAAUAGGGAAAUCGCCAAGAUGGCCGCUGCACAAAGAUUCUUGAUUAACUCGGUGAAUUUUUGUUCAACAGAAAUACACUUUAAUUUGGAAAACAGAGGAAAAUUAUUAUGCAGAUGCAAAUUAAAUAAAGUAUUAACACGUACAUACAAAUUCCAACGAUUUUCAAUCGAAACCUGAGUGAAUAUGAUGUGUAAUUUCAACAUGUUUAUUUAUGCAAGUCGCCAUACACACAAGGCCUGAAGGCCACUUCAAGGUGUGGGCUACAAUUUUUUAUUUUUGCCAGGGGCCAGUGCCACCUACUCCUGGGGCUGAAACGGGGUUACCCCCUUUACAGUCCAUACGGAAGUAGGCUUGGGAAUCAUCCACGAGAAGCCUGGCUGGUACAGCAAAAAGCACUACCUCCCCAACUUUACAAAGCAAUCAUGGUUCAGUGUCUUGCCUAAGGACACAAAGUGUCAUGUCGGGACUCGAACCCACACUGCUGAUCAAACAUCAGAGCUUGAACCCGGUGUUCUUAACCGCUACGCCACGACACACCAUGAACAUAAGUUGUUCUUUUAGUUUGUAUUAUAAAGGCCUUGGCUUCACUCACACCAUACCUCUUUAAAGUAUAAAUAUUACAUGUUUAGUCAAAAUAACAAAAAAAAGGCUGUAUUCACACAAUUGUCAAAUGUGUUUCUGUAAACAAAGGAAGUUGUAUUGUAGAGAAACUGGGCUCUCUGAACACAGGCCUUACAUUGGACCAGAUAUUAAUCCUAAGCCGUAUCCAAAAUUGGCAGCUGCGGCUAAGACUGUUGCUAAGGAAAAACUAUACACCAAUUCAUGAUGACAUGGCAAUCUAGCCAAAGCCGUAGCCACAAUUUCAGACACUGCGAUGGGUUUACUAAUAAUAGGCUAUACAUUUGAAAUACAAUACACAUGGAACUCAAGAGAAGCAAUUCUCUUAGAAGUUCUUACAUUUAAUAUUUACAAGAAGCCCGGUUCUUACUUUCUGCGAAUGCGAAGCAAAUUUGACAUCACAAAUUCGCAACGAACAAUGCGCAUGAGUUUGGCUGUGCUCAACUCUUGCGAAGAACUCGCAGCAAAAACAGAGCUUUGACUUUGACAUCAAAUUCACUUUGCAGAAAGAUUACAGGAAGUAUGAACAAGGCUCGAGUUCUUUCAAGUUACUUUCACACUUUUUUAAAGAAAACUUUCAGUUUGCAGUUCUUUCUUUUGUUACCAAAGAACUUGAAACAUUGAUGGAAUAUUAUUGGUUUUUGGAUGAGUUAGUUCAUUCAAAGUGUUGUCAAAUAUAUUUCAUCUUUAUAAAUCAAUACAUUUGAUAAAAUACAGGAGCCGACUCCAUAGCCCGGUAAUAAAAAUAACUGGAUUUAAGUUUUGCUAAACUGCCCAAGUAAACGAGGUGAUGUUUAAAAGGCAGUGGACACUAUUGGUAAUUACUCAAAAUAAUUAUUAGCAUAAAACCUUACUUGGUAACGAGUGGC